AUGAUUUUGUGUUUGAUAAUCGUUCUUCCAUCUUCUCAUAGUACAGCACACUUUUUUGGUCCGCUAAGACUGAUUGUGGCCACUUGGUUCAUGAAGGGAAUAAGUGCGCCAACUUGCACGCAUCCUCAUCACAACAGAAAGAUAUGCUGUAAUCGCAGCAGUGAUCAUGAAACGCAAGCUGUGAUUUGCGUGACAUUCCCUUCCAGAAACAUCCCAGAGUUGUCAUCUCCUCUGGAUCUGGUGAUAAAUGCAAUUUUUAGCAACCUAACAUCCAGUCAAGGAAACUUAUUCUAUAUUCGGUCCAUCUUUGGCACUUCCAGAGGAGAUACCAUGCGGUUUUCUUUCUCAUCUGAUGAGUGUUCUCCCGUAUAUUGGGCGAAUGCGCAGUAUCCAACCGUGCGGUAA